AUGGCUAAAGAGAUGCUCACUAAGAAGUCUACGCUCCGGGACCAGAUCAAUUCCGACCACCGCACUCGGGCCAUGCAAGAUAGGUACAUGGAGGUCAGUGGGAACCUGAGGGAUUUGUACAAUGACAAGGAUGGGUUACGAAAGGAGGAGCUCCAUGCUAUUUCAGGACUGAAUGAAUUUGCUGAAUUCUAUAAUAGACUCAAACAAAUAAAGGAAUUCCACCGGAAGCACCCGAAUGAGAUUUGUGUGCCAAUGUCAGUGGAAUUUGAGGAGCUCCUGAAAGCACGAGAGAAUCCAAGUGAAGAGGCACAGAAUUUGGUGGAGUUCACAGAUGAAGAGGGAUAUGGCCGUUACCUUGAUCUCCAUGACUGUUACCUCAAGUAUAUUAAUCUGAAGGCAUCGGAGAAGCUGGAUUAUAUCACAUACCUGUCUAUCUUUGACCAGUUAUUUGACAUUCCUAAAGAAAGGAAGAAUGCAGAAUACAAGAGAUACCUUGAAAUGCUGCUUGAAUAUCUUCAGGAUUACACUGACAGAGUGAAGCCCCUCCAAGAUCAGAAUGAGCUUUUUGGGAAGAUACAGACUGAAUUUGAGAAAAAAUGGGAGAACGGCACCUUUCCUGGCUGGCGGAAAGAAACAAGCAGCGCCCUGACGCAUGCUGGCGCCCAUCUUGAUCUGUCUGCAUUUUCCUCCUGGGAGGAGUUGGCCUCUCUGGGUCUAGACAGAUUGAAGUCUGCCCUCUUAGCUUUAGGCCUGAAAUGCGGCGGCACCCUUGAAGAGCGAGCCCAGAGGUUAUUUAGCACCAAAGGGAAGUCCUUGGAAUCACUCGACACCUCCCUGUUUGCCAAAAACCCCAAAUCAAAGGGCACCAAGCGAGAUACUGAGAGGAACAAAGACAUUGCUUUCCUAGAAACGCGGGUGGCCCUGCCACUGGAGGUGCGCUCGCCCACUGCAUAG